GUCAGUAUUCACAGGAGGAGCGACUGACAGUCCGUGGAACCAGUGCGGAGGUUUGCUGUCACCCUGAGCUGGCGACUGGACUCUGCCUCAUUGGUCCGUUUUGGGUGAACUGCCCUCCGGGGUCGCCUCAGGAGAGAAUUAGCAUGUCCUUCAGCGUGUCGCGCGCUGGAGUUUAGGUGUUUACAUGAAAUUGUGUCAAGUCAAAUCAAGGUGAGGGGGGGAAACUAGAGUCGCACGAUGCUCAGUGUGUGCUCACACAGCUGAAAGGACUUCUGCUGUAAAGUUGGUCUGAAAAACACCACCAUGACAGGUGACACAGUGGUCUGGAGGGGUCUGACCUGGAUGAAGCAGGCGGCCAGUAGAGUCCCCCCAGGUGGCCUGAAUGGCACAGGGAACCAGAGGGUGGUAAACUUCCAUCAUGCCACCGGACCAGGGAGGGAGAUGUUCAACAGACAGCAAAACGUCUGCGUCGGAGCCACAUCAGCACAGAUUCACAGGUAUUCCACUCUGGGAGCUUGUUUCAGUACCUGUUUCAUUGGAGGUGUAAACGGAGGACAGAGCACGUGCAAUACAGGAACCAACACUAAACGUCUGAAGUACCACAGGAGCUGGUCGAGCCAGCUGCUCUGUGGACACGCUCGGUUAUUUAACCAGGACAACUCCACAGCCGGACGACUCACUUCAGAGGACAUCGAGAAAGAAGGAAACGCCAAGAAGACAGAAGUCAAGCAACAUAAGCAAGUGCUCAGCGACAGAGCCAGAGAGAGAAAGGUUCCCGUCACAAGGAUAGGAAGGCUGGUGAAUUUUGGAAGUCUGGCGGUUGGACUCGGCUUUGGGGCGAUCGCAGAAGUAGCCAAGAAGAGUUUAAAACCUCAACAACAAGGUGAUAAAAAGUCCGUCCUGAACUCCAGCGCCUUCCUCUCUGAAGCCAACGCCGAAAGAAUUGUCCGGACGCUUUGCAAAGUCCGAGGUGCUGCGCUCAAACUCGGACAGAUGCUCAGCAUUCAAGAUGACGCCUUCAUUAACCCUCAGUUGGCCAAAAUCUUCGAGCGAGUUCGACAGAGUGCAGACUUCAUGCCUCCUAAGCAGAUGAUGAAAGCAAUCAGCAGCGACCUCGGCCCAAACUGGAGGGACAAACUGGAGUACUUUGAGGACAAGCCGUUUGCAGCAGCAUCCAUCGGUCAGGUGCAUCUAGCCAGAAUGAAGGACGGCAGAGAGGUGGCCAUGAAGAUCCAGUAUCCUGGAGUUGCCAAGAGCAUCGACAGUGACGUGAAUAAUAUCAUGACUGCUCUGAGCUUGAGCAACGCGCUGCCUGAAGGUCUGUUUCCUGAGCACCUCAUAGAGGUCAUGAGUCGUGAGCUGGCGCUGGAGUGUGAUUACAUAAGAGAGGCCAAAUGUGCUAAAAAAUUCCAAGAGCUGCUGAAGGAUCACCCGUACUUCUACGUACCCGAUGUGAUUGACGAGCUGAGCAGCCCGCACGUCCUCACCACAGCGCUGGUGCCCGGUUUCCCUCUGGACCAGGCCACUGACCUCAGCCAGGAGCUCAGGAAUGAGAUUUGUGAGCAGAUUUUGAUCUUGUGCCUGAGAGAGCUCUUUGAGUUCAGAUACAUGCAGACUGAUCCAAACUGGUCCAACUUCUUCUUUGAUCCACAAGCUCACAAGGUGGCACUGUUGGAUUUCGGGGCUACUCGAGGAUUCGAUAAGAGCUUCACAGACAUCUACAUUGAGGUUAUUAAUUCAGCUUCAAAUAAGAACAGAGAAGGUGUUCUGCAGAAAUCCAGAGAAAUGAAUUUUCUCACAGGAUACGAGUCAAAGGCGAUGGAGAACGCCCACGUGGAUGCUGUGAUGAUCCUUGGCGAGGCCUUCUCCUCUGAGGAGCCCUUUAACUUUGGCUCUCAGAGCACCACCGAGCGGAUCCACAGCCUCAUCCCUGUGAUGCUGAGAGAGCGACUCACGCCGCCACCUGAGGAGACGUACUCCCUCCAUCGUAAGAUGGGCGGCUCCUUCCUCAUCUGCUCCAAACUCAAAGCUCAAAUAUCUUGCAAGAAGAUGUUCCAGGAGGCCUAUACAAAUUACUGGAAGGAUGGAGGCCCAGAGACCACAAACUGAAGCUAAAUAUUUCCAUAAAGGUUGCUAAACCAGAGUUUUCUGGCUUUCUUACCCCAAACGUUCUCACCUUGGAGGAUCAUUUUGUGCAACCUGGGCCAGAAAAUGUCUGUAUGUCAAAAACAUUCACAUAUCUGUGUGCUUUUUAUUCCAUCACUCAUUGUGAACAGGACUUACAUCCAGACUAAAACAAACUAAUGUCUGAAGAUAACAUGUAACUAUUGUUUAAAUGAAUAUAUGAUGCUUAUUGUGCAGCCUAAUAAUGCGUCUGUAUGUUUUGAAGAGCUGUAUUUCUUCUGACCAGGACUGUCAGUUGAAAUAAAUUAACUCUGACUGUCACAA